GCGGUUACUGACUGCCUGUUCAACUUCCUGUCGCCGAACCCUCGAGCAGACUGUAAGCCGCAAGAGCAUCCAGGUAGCGGGCACGCAGUACGGGUGGUACCAUGGCGAUGACCAAUGGGGACACGUCGUUCGAUAGCAUACCAGAUGCUGUCGAAGCAUUCGCCAAUGGCGAGUUUCUUGUCGUGCUCGACAGUCCGCACCGCGAGAACGAAGGCGACCUCAUCAUCGCCGCCUCCGACUUUACGCCGGCCAAAGCAGCGUUCAUGAUCCGGCAUAGCAGCGGCUAUCUUUGCGCUCCGAUCUUGCCCUCACUAGCCGCACGAUUAGAACUCCCUCAAAUGGUGAGCGAGAAUGCCGAUCCGAAUAGGACUGCUUACACCAUUACGAUCGAUGCGAGCGAGGAGGUCACUACGGGAAUUAGCGCGCAGGACAGAAGUACGACGUGCCGGAGACUGGCGGACCCGACAGCUACGAAGGAGUCUUUCAGACGGCCGGGGCAUGUGGUGCCAUUACAGGCUCGGGAGGGCGGCGUCAGAGUUCGGGCAGGGCAUACUGAGGCUGCCGUCGAUCUUUGCCGGUUAGCGGGCAAGCAGCCGGUGGGUGUUAUUGCGGAGUUGGUCGAAGACGGUGAGGAGACGCAGGGAAUCGCAGAGAUGAGCGGUGGCUUUGGGAUGAUGAGACGGGAUGGGUGUCUGGCAUUUGCGAGACGGUAUGGACUGAAGGUGAUUACGAUCGAGGACCUGAUACGGCAUUUGGAAGGCAGUGGGAAAGGGAAGGGAUAAGCAUAUUGGUAUUUAUUUUAUUGGAGAGCGAAUGUACAUCCUGACCACCAUUUCGCGUACGCGCCCUUGCUAACAGCGAGAGUGCUGCUCCCCUUAGCACGAGGCAACUUCGCGAAAGCAGGAUCCCCCCAUCGCCAGAGCGCGGCGAAAGUAGACACAAGUAUUCAGUGGCCGUAAAGCCAAACAAGCAUUCAAAUGCAUCCUCAACUC